AUGAAUAGUUCAUCACAUCAUUUUAUGCCUUUAGCAACAGAUGAAAAUUCCUUAUCAUCACCACCAAGAAAACUUGGACGAGCAGUAAGUGGAGCUUCAAUACAAACAAAUGGUUUUGAUGAAGAAACUGAUUAUGGUUCACCAUUAAGUAAUCAUACAUUACUGAAACGUUUACAUAAUCCAUUUCAAGCUCGUGUCUAUAAUUUUCUUGAACGACCAUGUGGUAUAUUCUGUUUUCUUUAUCAUUUUUCUGUUUUUAUUGUUGUUAUUGGUUGUCUUGUAUACAGUUCAAUAUUAACUGUUUAUGUUGAACAAUCUUAUGCAAUAUUAUUUUGGAUAGAAUUUAUACUUUUUAUUUUAUUUCUUAUUGAAUAUACUGUUCGUGUUUGGUCAUCCGGUUGUCGAAGUAAAUAUCGUGGUCGUCAUGGUCGUUUAUUAUUUAUGCGUAAAGCCAUGUGUAUUGUUGAUUUAUGUGUUAUUACUGGUUAUGCUAUUUUAUUAUGUAUAGGAUUAAGUAAUACACAAUUUAGUAUUGAACUUGUGCGAUAUGUUCGAAUACUUCAAAUUCUUCGUUUUCUUCAUGUUGAUCGACGUUUGACAUCAUGGCGUUUACUUGGUUCUGUUGUUUAUGAUCAUCGUUAUGAAUUAAUAGCUACACUUUAUUUUUGUUUUAUAUUCUUAAUUGUUGUUGCUUAUUUAAUUUGGUUAGUAGAAAAAGAUGAAAGUAAACCAGCUAGUGAAGAUAUGUUUCAUAGUUUUGCUGAUACACUUUGGUGGGCUAUUGUAACAAUGGCUACGAUUGGUUAUGGUGAUAAAUGUCCACGUACAUAUAUUGGCAAAAUGAUAACAUCAUGUUUAUGUAUUUGUGGUGUUGCAUUUUGGACAUUACCAUCUGGUAUUAUUGGUUCAGGUUUUGCUUUAAAAGUUGAACAAAAAAAACGUGAAAAACAAUUUAAUCGUUUGGUACCUGCUGCUGCUAGUCUCAUUCAAAAUUGGUGGCGUAUGAUUGCUGCUCGUCAUCCAAAAUUCGUAUCUACAUGGCGUAUUUAUCGAAUUGAAAGUAAACGAUCACAUAAACAUCAUCGUCAUAAUAGUUCGACAUUAGCUUUAAAUCAAAACAAUAGUAAUAGUGGUGGUAUACCACGUUUACGUAAUAAUCCACUGAUAUAUAAUACAUCAACGAAUGGUAUUCCAUUAGAAAAAAUGACUUGGCGUAAAGUUGAUAAAUCUGAUGAUUUAGAUUCAAAUCAACGUGUUGCUAUACGAAUGAUUCGUAUUAUAAAAUAUCAUGUAGCAAAAAGAAAAUUUCGUCAAGCACAUAAACCAUAUAAUUUUAAAGAUAUUAUGGAUGAGAAUGCUCAAGGAAAUUUAAAAGUUAUGUAUACACUUGCUGAUAUACAACGACGUUUAGAUCAAACAUUAGGUUUACCAAAAACAUAUCCAUUUAUUCUAUCGGAUAAAGAUCGUGAACAAUUAACAUUAAAUGGUAAAGUACAAAGGUUAGAAAUAAAAUUAAUCGAACUUGAACGACAAACAAAUCGUGUUAUUAUUUUACUUGAAGAAUUACAUAAACGUUCGACUAAAGAAAUAUCGAAUGUAGUGGCAGAAGAAAUACCAACAUCAAGUUCAUGA